AUGACUUCCUCGACAGAUCACGUCGAGUACAAGGACAAAGCGAACUUGCUCCUCCUUGCCUUCGAAGAUCCAGAAGCCUAUCAGUGGAGUCUGUGCCCCGGUCAACUCACGGAAGUAGGCCAUCUUCUUGACCGUUUCACGCCCUAUUCGUCAUUCACCAGUCUCUAUCGCGAUGUGGCUCUCUCGAGCCUGUGUCGAAAAGCGAGCAGGUCAACGACGUUUGGCGAGCUCGUAGAGACGGAAUUGGCAGAGUCAACCGCGCCGCGUGCCUCACUCAUUGUUGCACUCCAGCUCGGCACUUAUCUAGCUUUCGCCAAAAGGCAUCACAGCCAGCUCCUGAGUGCGGGCACCUAUUCGAGCGGCAUCAACGGAGCUGCAGUGAUCUCGUCCGGUCUGGGCCAGAUUGCAGCCGACGCCGUCGGAUGCUCUCGUACACUGUUCGAGGUGGUGACAAACAGCAUUGCAGUGAUCGACUACGUCGUUGCAUUGGAGCAGUCCCUUGAGCGCACUUAUGCUUGCGCUUCUUUUACUGUCCGCACGGCGCUUCAAGACGGAAUGCAGGACGGGUUGGUGGAAGCGGCAAACUCGCUCAAGGUCUCCGUCGCUAGAUUAUCGCCCAACGAACUAGUAUUCACCGGCAAGGAAGAAGAUGUCCGAACUCUUCACGGGCAAUGUCAAACGAUCGACUCGGGUCCCAUCGUCCCUGCUGGCAUGCUGACCGGGAUGCAGCCGAGAGAAGGUCUCCAGCUUCCUCCUCGGCCUUCCUUCUACGCUCAGAGGGCCUCGAAAGACUCAAACGUUGGGGUUCAAUUGUCGCCUCUUGCUCACCAGCGAGGAGAGCUUACCGGCGUCGAGUUCUACGAGCAGCAGAGAGACCAAGCUUGCAAAGGUGUCGACCAGCUCAUGCACGUUGCCAGGCUCGUCCAUGCUCCCGCGGUUCUCACGGAUUCUGUCUCAGGCUUGGUCGACAUCAUCUCCAUUGGCCCUGAAAAGGCCUUUGAAGCGACCCUCAGUGGCCGACUCAAGAACCUGGAAGCCCAAGUCCGAUCGAUGGAUCUCUUUGCUAGCCUCCUGGGCGCUGCGAGCUACACCGACAUUGACGCCCUCCCCACACGGUACAGCCUCGUGGACUGUCAUCCUCAAACUCAAGUAGCGAUCAUCGGCUACUCGCUCCGGAUCCCCGGUGCAUCUGAUCCCAACGAGUUCUGGGACCUCCUUUCGCAGGGGCGUGAUAUGCACAGCGAGAUUCCCAAGCAAAUCUUCGACCUGGACCUGUAUCACAACAACCAAUACCGCGUGCCCAACACCAUGCGGACUAGACACGGCAAUUUCCUGGCUCAUCCAGGUCGAUUUGACGCCGGCCUCUUUGGUGUAACACGGUCUCAGGCACUCCAAAUGGAUCCACAGCACCGUAAUGCUUUUCUAGCUGCUUUCGAGGCCCUGGAAAUGUCGGGCUACUCGCCAAUGUCUUCGAGAGGAGCGAAUAGCGAGUACCAAGACACUGGCGUCUUUAUUGGCGGCGCUGGAGACGACUAUCGAGAAAAUUGUAGCUGGACCAUCGAAGAUGACUUCAUCAUGGGAAACUCUCGUCAAGCACUUACUGCCAACAUCUCCAACUUUCUCGGCUUUCACGGUCCCUCUCACACGUAUGACACCGCUUGCAGCUCUUCGCUCGUCGCGGUUGAGGCUGCCUGUCAGAGUCUAGUCAACGGCCGCUGCUCGACGGCGCUGGCUGGCGGGGUUUCGGUCUUGACGCAGCCGCAAGUCUACAUUGGCCUUGAUCGUGGCUAUUUUCUCACCAAGAACGAGCAUGGCCAGUGUCAGACGUACGACGAUGGGGGAGACGGCUACUCGCGAGCCGAUGGCAAUGCCGUCCUUCAUCUCAAGCUGCUCAAGGAUGCGCUCAGGGAUGGAGACGACGUCAAGGGCACAAUCGAAGCCAUUGGUACAAACCACAGUGGAAAAUCGCACAGUAUCACCCAUCCCCAUGCACCCACGCAAGCUCGACUGUUUGAAGCCAACUGUCACAGCGCAAAGGUGGAUCCUCGGAGAAUCGACCUCGUCGAGAUGCACGGUACGGGAACGCAGGCGGGCGACGCCAAUGAGAUGCAGUCGGUUCUGAGCUUCGUACGUGGUCGACAAGACACCGACAAUGACCUCAUCAUCGGAUCGGUCAAGGCAAAUCUUGGCCACUCCGAGGCGGCUUCAGGCUGUGUCGCGCUGAUCAAAGUGCUCUUGUCGCUAAAACACCGACAAGCCACACCGCACGUGGGGAUCAAGAAGAAGUUGAACACCAAAUUCCCACCUCUGGAUCGGGUAGUCAUCCCCAAGGACCUGAAAUCCUUCGAUGUUGCAGAGAGUCAGGACAUCCUGGCUUGCUGCAACAACUUCUCAGCUGCUGGGGGCAACUCUUCGCUCAUCAUACGGUCGUUCCCCGUGCUCAAAGAUCUACCGUUGCCGUCGUUGCAGCCGAGGAUCCUAGCACUUUCGGCAGCGUCCGCGGCAGCAUUGCGAAGCUAUCUUGAACGACUGAGCAGCUAUGUCGACCAGAACCCAGACAAAGACAUUCUGGAUAUCGCGUACACACUCUCGGCAACCCGGGCUACUCAAUUCUCUGCUCGAGUUGCCCUAGUGGCCGACAGCACUGCCGCCCUCAAGGAGACUCUUGCCGGCGAUGUCACUUCUCUCAUCACCGAGCCAAGCAUUCAGCGAGAUCCUGGUUUUGCCUUUGCCUUUACCGGCCAGGGCUCCCAGUACGUGGAAAUGGGCAAGGAGCUUUACGAUGGCAACACCGUCUUCCGCGAGGCCAUGGACAAAACAAGAGCAAUCCUUGUUGCGCAAGGAUUUCCUGAUUUCUUCGACGAGGUCUACGCCGAGACGAAGCAAAGCAAAGCGCUACCCUACCACUGGCAAUGUGCCAUUCUUGCAGUGGAGAUUGCGCUGUGCCGUCUGUGGGAACGGCUUGGCAUCACGCCACAGGUGGUCGUCGGCCACUCUCUCGGCGAGUAUGCAGCCUUGCAUGCGGCCGGUGUCCUGUCUUGGGAAGAUGCUGUCUUCCUGGUGGCCUCCCGAGCUAAGUUCAUGUCCACAAAGCUUGAAGCGAAUACGUCUGCGAUGCUUGCGGUCCGUCUAUCGGCUGCAGACCUCGCCCAGGUCAUCUCCAAGCAAAGCUUUUCGUCCAGCUUACAAGUUGCUUGCAUCAACUCUCCUACCGACACUGUGCUCGCUGGACCGGUGGCAGAAGUUCAAAUGGCGCACGCAUUUCUCAAGACGGAUGCCAAGCAGCAGUGUACGCUCGUGGAUGUCCCGUACGCAUUUCAUUCGCAGGCAGUGGAGCCGAUCAUGAAAGACUUUCACAAUGUCGCUGCUCAAGUCAAGUUUCGUCCCCCAGCAGUAACGCUCCUUUCGAAUGUCCUCGGCCGAGCGCUCAAAGCUGGUGAGGCCGACAUUUCCUGGCCGGACUAUCUCGUUCGACACAUGCGAGAGACCGUCCAAUUUGCUUCGUCGAUUCACGACCUGAUGGCCAGACACGAGGGCGGCACUCUGCGCUGGAUUGAGAUUGGACCUCACCCGCUGUGCACGCCCAUGCUGGCUACUUCUCUCGACAAUUCCUCGAUCCCUCGCGCGCUCCCAUCUUUGCGUCGGAAGACUAACGGGCUCAACACCUUCCUCGAAUCAGUCGGCGCAUUGCACCGAGAAGGGUUCAAAGUUGACUUUACCGGCCUCUUUGCGGAGACCGUGCGCCCACCUCAGGUCCUCGACCUUCCACUCUACGCAUGGCAGUACGAAGACUAUUGGAUCCGUUACACCGACCGCAGUCUGUCAACACGCUUAAAAGAGGAGCAGGCUCAAACCCCCGAGAAAGGCGCGCGACGGACCAAAAGCUCGAAAAGUGGCGCUAGAGAUGGUGGCAGUGGCGGCUUGGCUACUGAAUUUGCACUUCUUACUCGUUGUCACUCCUCGGCCACCGAGACAAACCCAGUGGCUACGUACGAGAUCGAUCUCACGCAGUCGCCUUGCCGAGAGAUCGUCGAGGGCCACCUUGUCCACGACGUGUGCCUGGUUCCCGCUUCAAUGUAUUCGGACGUCGCGCUGCAAGCUGGCCUUCAUGUGCUCAGCAGUGUCGGACAGACUUUCGACGAGAACAAGUACGCUCUACGUGUGUCCGACAUCCUUAUGGACGAGCCUGUGGUACUGGGCAUCCACGAUCACAUCACCAUCCGCACAAAUGGCCUGCCGCAAAGCAACGAGGGGAUGGCAAUCGAAUUCUUCUUUGCCAGUGGUAAACGUCAAGGCUCUUGCAAGGUGCAAUUGCCUCCACGGGAGCAAGUCGAAAACCGAUGGGCUGGCAUUGGAGGAGUCCUUCAUCGCCGUAUCGGAGCUUUGACCGCAGGCUACGGAGUAGCAACCAAGCUGACCACCGAUAUGAUCUAUCGCCUUUUCACCAAGGUCGUCCAUUACGGUUCCAUGUACCGCGCUAUGCAGUCCGUCAGUCUCAACACGGCUGGCACCGAGGCCGCCUUGGACAUUACGUUUCAACAAGCACCCUGCCUGUCGUACGAACAGCGACGAUUUGUCGUAUUUCCUGUUUUCCAAGACAGCAUGGGUCAAUGUACCGGCUUCUUGCCCAACUUGCAAGCGGAUGCCGACCACGUGUACGUCGCCAACGGCUGCAAGGUCAUCGAGUACACCUCUCAAAUGUUUAAAGUGGCCAAGUCCGGCAACCGCGUCUCGGUUCAUUGCAGCAUGCAAGAAGACCAGGGUAUGUCCACCUCAGAUGCUUACUUUUUCGACCAGGAGACCGGGGCCGUCAUUGGCCACAUGGGCGGCGUGCGUUUCCGUAAAAUUCCCUUGAGGGUCAUGAAGCAUCUUCUUCCGAAACCAAAGUCCUCGGAGGCAAAGGCGAAUCAGAGCAAAGGACCGACAAGCACCCACAGUAGCGAAGAGCCCAAGAGGGCGGUCGCCCAAUCGAUGGAGUCUUCACCGCCGUCUCCCGAGGAAAAGUCAAGCACUGCAUCGCCAUCUGACACCGACGCACCGUAUGAUUCGGGCUUCUCUUCCGAGUCCGAUACUUCUCUCUUUUCACAGCUUUGCCGAACUAUCGUGGAAGAGCUGGCAGUCGCUGAAAGCGAGCUUACUCAAGACCGAGUGCUGGCCGACCUCGGUCUUGAUAGCCUGAUGUCGCUCACGAUCCUGGCAAGACUUCAGGAGACGGCAGAAGUAGAGCUGCCGGCGUCGCUCUUUAUGGAUCAUCCGACUUUGGGAUCCGUCCAAGCCUACUUUCAGGACCACGUGGAGUCCGCCACUCCCGCGACUUCGCCUGAGUCUUCGCCAGCCUGCAUCAAGCCUACUCAUUCGUCUUCCUCGAGCUCUCCUGGCACGACCCCACUCUUGCCAUCGUCAAACGCUACCCAGCCAGCGAACUCUCUCGAGACGCAUAUCGUCGUCUUGCAAGAAGCUGAGGGUACAGCCGCCAAGGAGCCCCCACUUCUUCUGGUCCCUGAUGGAAGCGGAAGCCAAGACGUGUACGCCCCCCUUGUGGGCGCGACCAAACCAUGCUUCGGAGGUCGUCGUGUUCUCUCGGCGAGCUUUCGGUCAGUGAGCUCAGACUGGACGUUAGAAGAGCUGAUCGAAUCGAUAGGCACUGCUGCCAAACGAGUGCUUGGCAAUCAACGAUGCGUCAUUGGAGGCUGGUCUCUCGGAGGCAUUGUUGCCUUUAUCUUGGCCCGCGAGGCUAUUCUCAACGUCGCUGCAUUGGUUCAGAUCGAUGUGCCUGCGCCUCGUCACGGCCACAACGCGCUGGAGCCAUUGCCUGAUGGUAUAGUCCGCGAUCUGACCACGCGUUCCCCCAAACAUGCGACCGAAUUUGAGGCCGCCGCCCGUGCCGCCAAGGAUUGGCGCAGCCCAGAACCCGACCCAACAAAGUGGACCGUACCGGUUCUGUUUCUCCGCGGCGAUUGUUCGGCGAAGCUGGCUGGGCUCGAUUGCGAUUCUCACUGGAUUCUGCGUGAGAAAUCGGUGCAAUCAGCCACUGGAUGGGAAGCAUUCUUUGGCGACAGACUCCACGUCAUCGAGAUUGAAGAUGCCAGCCACUUCACGAUCGUCAGCAAGCAAAAGGUGGAACAAGUCGCAAAAAGCAUCGACACGUUCGUCAAGAUGGCCAUUAAUCAGCAAUGAAUUCCGAU